AGAGACUUGAAGUUUCGGUAACAGAACUUUUAUUUUUACGGGAUGGGGUUGCUAGGAGUGAGAAUAUACGUUAUAGAGUGUUAUAUCUUACGCGCUUAAGGGCUUUCUCAGCUUUGAUUGGCUAGUACAGUGGCGGAGAGUUUGACAUUAAAUUUGUCCUCGGUAGGUCAUGCCGUGUGCAGGUUUUCGUGGUUGCGGCAUGCGUUGUUUGUAAGCAUGUUUGAUGAAUAUAAAUGUAAAAUGUUGGUUUUCUAACGUUUUCUUUUACUUAUUUUGUGCAUGUACCAGGCUUGGUUUAUCAUACACUCGGUUUGUUGGCCUAUCGGUUGCUGGCGAUGUCAAGGAAUCCCAUUUUAUUGAUGGAUAUUGCGACACAGAUGGAUGCUAAUUGACAACGCCUUUUUAGUUUAUUGCAGGUAGGCGAUGCGGGUGAAAGUACUGCUGACGUCAGUGGAAUUUUCGAUGAAAUUAUGCUGGGAAGGCGUUUCUUUAGUUGGGAGGAAUUUGAGAAUUCCUUAGGAGAAUUUCAACAAUUGUCCUGCACUCACUAUGUGCAUAUUCAAAGCAAAACAACAGGGGACGACAGAUAUAAGUACGCUUACGUUUAUUUUAAAUGCACUUUUGGCGUGAACCGUGGAAAAGCUGGCCUGAAAUUGCGAAACAAGUCGUCUAAAUGUUGCAACUGUCUGUCUGCAUUUCGCGUAAUUUUGCGUUAUAGUGAAUACGUGAUAACAUCCCACAAAAUGGUCCACAACCAUCCAUGCACCAGGGUGUAUAUGCAGAAUGAUCCAUGGUCUAGACGACUGUCAGCGGAAGAGAAAGAAAAUGUAGAACCACUUCUUCACCAAUCGCACUCAUCAGAUGAAAUAGUUAUGCAUGUUAAGGAAACAUUCCACAAGCACAUAACUCUUAAUGACGUUAGAAAUCUGAAAGCUUCAGUUAAUAAAGGUAACGUUAAUGUAAAUGUAAACUACGUAAGCACUGUCAUUAUUUAUCCUUUAAUAUUGUGUGCAUAAUUCUAUUUCCGUUUACCGUUCCACCUUUUGUAGUUAAUCAUGUGCUGCAGAAGUGUAAACGAUGGACAUGGUCUCGCCUCUCGUACGCAAUUCCAAGCACGUCAGCAAUUGUGCCGCGAAAUCAAUGUGACUUAUACGUAACCAAUAGGAGGCUUAUUAAUGCGGGCCUGACGAGAAUUUGUGACAAAUAUGGACGGAAGUUUGCCGCAGAGUUCGCUGGAGAAGUAAUCGCUCAAAUCAACAAUGUUCUUGAUGUGUAAAUUAAAUACUUUCGUAUUACAAUAAGAAUAAACUUUUCGUAUU